AUGGGCGUUUCAGUAUUGAGAAUGGAGUUGAUGGAGCACAGUUCAAAGAUUAAUGCCCCAGUUGAUGGGCAGACAUUGAUACUGCACCUACGAGCUAGCAUGGAAGGGAUUUUCGCCAAACACUUUGGACAUGAUAUAGUUGAUAAAAUGUUUGAUCGGGCUUUUAAAAAAACCUGCAGAGAGCUUCAAAGUUCAAUUGAUUUUGUGGUUCAAAUGCAGACAUUUAAAGCUUUGAUAAUGGAGAAUGCACGCUCUAGAUCGUCUGGAGAAAAAGUCAUUGAGGCUUGUGUGUGCGUGGACAUUCUUAACUGUUUGACUGAGUUGUUGGAGAAAAAAUCUAAAGCUAGAGAAAAAGCAAAGAUUGAAGAGGCUGUUGUUGUUGAGAAAUCUCCGGACGGCCAAUACCUUCGUUAUGCAGAGAGAUUGUAUUCAGAGGCUCACCUUCUGAAGUCAUUGAAACAUGAAAACAUUGUCAGGUGGGAGGAUGAGAAGAACAAGACUAUCAACAUCAUCACUGAGUACUUCACUUCUGGGAGUUUGAGGCAAUUUCAUACAAAGCAUAAGAGGUUUCAUAUAGUCGCGAUUAAGAAGUGGGCGAGGCAGAUUGUCCGAGGUUUACACUAUCUCCACAGUCACACCAUUAUUCAUGAAGAUCUCAAGUGUGAGAAUAUUUUUGUGAAUGGCAAUAGUGCAGAGUUAAAAAUUGGGGGUCUUGCGUUGGCUUCUGUUAUGCAUUCUCCAAGUAGUGGUGUUGGCACUCCUGAAUUGGUUUACCAACUGUUUGAUAUAUGUUCCUUUGGAAUGUGCCUGCUAGAGUUGGUUUCUUGUGAAAACCUAUAUAGUGAAUGCAAAAGUCAAGCACAAGUAUAUAAGGUUUUGUCUGGGUUGAUGAAGCCAACUGCUCUUGAGAGGGUGAAAGAUCCCCAAGUGAGGCAGUUUAUAGAGAAGUGUUUGGUUCCAACAUCACUGGGUUUGUCCGUGGCAGAGCUGUUGAAAGAUCCCUUCCUUUCGUCUCCAAAUUCAAAGGGGCUUAUUUGUGAUCCUCUUGUGCCAAUAAAUGUGCCGAAGUCCGAUUCUAUUCUGAUGGACAUAGAAAGUAGCAACAAACUUUCAGCCAGCACGUUUACAGAUCUUUCAGCUCCAGAGUUUCAGUGGUUCAAUGGGAAAAGUGGAUUCGGAUUAAGAGGUCAGAAAGCUGAUGAUAACUCGGUUUCAUUGACCUUGCGUGUUGCUAACUUGUGUGGUCAGGUGAAUACAAUUGAGUUUAAGUUUGAUCUUAAUACUGACACUGUACCCUCAAUAGCUGGUGAGAUGGUUGAACAACUCAAUUUUUUGUCCGAGGAUGAUGAGCCAUCAUUAGUCAAGUUAAUGGACAGGUUGAUUGACAAACUUGUACCCAACUGGAAAAAUUCAUCAGGAAAUGGAUUAACAGGUUCAUAUGGGAAUUCUGCUGUACUUCAACAUGAUCAAAACUCACAAAGUUUGUCUGUUUUGAGAUCCGAUGAUGAAAAUACUGAUCAACACAAAAAAGGUAGUGUUCGGGGGAAUGUCAUAUCGAGUGAACUAAUGAAGGUUUCAGAGAUACCCCUCUGCUGCUUGUGCACUGUCUAAGGAGAUGAGUUUGUUAAGUCUCUUUUCACCAUCUGAAGCAGACGAUGAUCGGUUGAAGCUGAAGCUUAAUGGUAUUGAGAUGGAAUACUACCAACGGCUUUGUGAACUCUUGAGAAUGAGGGAGGAUGCUAUAUAUGAUGCCAGACAGAGGUGUAUAAAAAAGAAUUAGAUAUCUUCUUCAGUUUUUUUCUAUUUUUUUUUUUUUUUUUUUUUU